AUGGAAAGAAAUAAUUCCCUAGAUCCGGCAUUCGUGCAACUUGCACAAUCGAAUAUCGAAUUACGGGAGGAAUUAAAUCGCAAGGUAGAAAUAAACCGUACGAAUGAGAGAAAAAUUCGUAAGCUUAUACGGGAUUUAGAAAAAUGUGAGGGAGAGUUAACACGUCGUAGUACCACUAUCCUUGAUCAGGAAGAGAUCCAAAACCUAAAAAAUCAAAUAACAGAUUUACGCAAACAAUUAAGAUCGGCUCUCAAGGAAAUUAAGGCAAACGAAACCGUUAUUGAUGCCAAAAAUAACCAGAUAGCUGGAUCACCAAUAAUCGGAGACGACACAACCCUUGCAUCAUUUGAAAGUCUCUGUCAAUCAAUCAGGAAUAAUUUACAGCUCUUUCCUACUACAACACUAGGAAAUACAGUUAGGCGGGCUUUGGAUGGGAUUACUCAGCAUUACAAUCAAUCUCAGGAUGAAAAACAUAUCUUAGAAAGGCGACUCCGGAAUUUGCUCAAUGCCACUACGUCUACAAUUCAAAAUCAUCAAAAUACAAUUCAUAGGCUAAAUGAUCAAUUAACACAAGAAAUAGAAAGAGCGAAUAAUGCUACCAACGACAAUGGGGCAUUGUGGAGAACCAAUGCAAAUAUACGGGAUGUGUGGCGCAUGUGUGAAGAAGAUUAUAGAAGUGAAAAGUUAAAGCACUACAAAAAUAAAGCUCAACCACGCGCUAUUCUGUACGGGAAAUACAAUAAAUGGAAAAAUAGGACUAGAGAUAAGCACGCCAAAUUUAGCAAGUGGAAGCUUAGAACGAGGUUAAAUUAUAAUAACAAUCGGAACAUGGCAGGAUAUGAAUUACCAAAGUUUCGCGGAUUGACAGAUCCAGAAGAUUUUAUUAGAGUUUUCGCCGAUGGCGAUGCGAAAGAUUGGUAUGAAAGCAGGAUUAAAAAUAAAAAUUGGGAAUUACAAAACAUUACUGCAAAUACUGGCGUAGCAACUUUUCACGCUAUUAACGCAUUGACUAAUAAUCAAAUACGUGCUAUCGAUGUUGCCAGAUUUAGAGGUAGAGCUCAGACUAUUCGAGAGACCGCACCAGCUGAUGGCAAUCUACCUGCGCGACCAUUAGUUCCGCCUCAUUCAGUAUGGGAUGAAGAUUGGAUAACAUCAGGUGGACAGCCAACUGACUUAGCUCCCAAUCCUCCUAAUGUGGGUAAUAAUGGAAAUGUUGUAGCUCCGAAUAUUACUAUUGGCCAAACGCGAGGUAGAGAGUUACCACGUCCCAGACAGAUGGAACCAGGAAAAUUAUAUUCAGAUCCAAAACUCCGAUUCAAUUAUCAAGAAUGGUUAACGGGGUAUGGGACAUUAGAACGUCUUAAUACCACAGCCAAAGAUACAUCAUUUUUUCAGAACAUCACAGAUAUUAUCUCCAAAGGUGUAUUCGAAAAUAUUUCUGGCUUCUUUUUAAAGAAAAAUGCAGAAAGUGAUUCAGCCAUAUGGCAAAAAAAUAUUGAACAAGAUUCUGAUGAGGAACUUUCUAAUCGCAUGAUUCGUUCACCAAUA